UUCACUCUCGAAUUUAAUAUCCAAUACGAAAUCCAUAUGGGUCAAAUCUGAAUCAAUCUCAGCGGCCAUAGCUGUUUCUUAGUGGGAAAACAGAGCAUCGGUUGCUGAGAUAUGAACUGUUAAGAAAUAGCCCACCUGAAGGCUGAAGCUUCAGUUCCUUCUGGUUUUUGGGACUUGUUUUCUUUUUUUUUUUUUGUGUAUAUAAAAUUUGGGAAUGGAAUAAUUCAAGGGCAGCUCCAAUCAUGGUCAAUUAGUGCUGUUAAUCUUCCCCACGAGUCACGACUAAGUCUUAUUUUUCUUCUUUUUUCCCGUUCAAUCAUGCUCUAUUAGUGCUCAUAGUCCUCCUCACGAUCGACCCUCAUUCUCUCUCUCUUCUACGCCAUUUUCUUGUCCUCUCUCAAUGUAGCAGAGGCUAGGGCGUUGAGUUCCAUCGUUUUCAACCAUUUUUAGGCUGCUCUGAACUGGGAUUUUUCUGGUCUUGAAGGAGGAGUUGCUGGAUAGAACUCAAUAACUUGUACUAAGUUUGAUUAUGGCAUCAAAAUCUUUCAAACCGACCCAUUCAAGUUUGUCAACAGCUUCUGAUGCAUCUGAGGCACAGAAGCCCCCACUUCCACCAACUGUGACGUUUGGGCGGAGAACUUCCUCAGGUCGCUAUAUUAGCUACUCGAGGGAUGACCUUGAUAGUGAACUUGGGAGUGGUGACUUUAUGAACUAUACUGUGCACAUUCCUCCCACACCUGAUAAUCAACCAAUGGAUCCCUCAAUCUCACAGAAGGUUGAAGAGCAAUACGUCUCAAAUUCGCUGUUUACGGGUGGGUUCAACAGCGUCACACGAGCUCAUUUGAUGGACAAAGUGAUUGAAUCCGAAGCAACACAUCCCCAAAUGGCUGGUACGAAAGGAUCUUCGUGUUCUAUACCUGGGUGUGAUGCAAAGGUUAUGAGUGAUGAACGUGGAAAUGACAUUCUCCCUUGUGAGUGUGAUUUCAAGAUAUGUCGAGAUUGCUAUGUCGAUGCAGUUAAAACAGGGGGUGGAAUUUGCCCGGGUUGCAAAGAGCCGUAUAAGAACACGGAUCUAGAUGAAGUGGCUGUUGAACAUGGAAGACCUCUUCCACUUCCUCCACCAGUUACAAUGUCAAAGAUGGAGAGAAGAUUGUCAUUGAUGAAGUCAACUAAAUCUGGAUUAAUGAGAAGCCAAACUGGGGUUGGAGAAUUUGAUCACAAUAGGUGGCUGUUUGAAACUAGGGGAACUUAUGGCUAUGGGAAUGCUAUAUGGCCCAAGGACGAGGGUUUCACCAAUGGGAACAACGAUGAAGUUGAGCCCAUGGAGUUUGUGAAUAAACCAUGGCGGCCACUUACACGAAAACUCAAAAUUCCUGCUGCUAUUUUGAGCCCAUAUAGGCUUUUGAUCGUUGUUCGGAUGGUCGUUCUUGGGUUAUUUUUGGCCUGGAGGGUGAGUCAUCCAAAUACUGAUGCAUACUGGCUUUGGGCCAUGUCUAUUGUUUGUGAACUUUGGUUUGCUUUUUCUUGGCUUCUUGAUCAACUGCCAAAGCUGUGCCCUAUAAAUAGAGCUACAGAUCUUAAUGUGUUGAAGGAGAAAUUCGAAAUGCCUAGCCCGAGUAAUCCUACUGGGAAAUCUGAUCUCCCUGGCAUAGAUGUGUUUGUUUCUACCGCAGAUCCCGAAAAGGAACCGCCUCUUGUAACUGCAAACACUAUCCUCUCCAUUCUAGCUGCUGACUACCCAGUUGAAAAACUUGCCUGUUAUGUUUCUGAUGAUGGAGGUGCACUUCUAACUUUUGAGGCCAUGGCUGAAGCUGCAAGCUUUGCUAAUAUUUGGGUUCCUUUCUGCCGAAAGCAUAACAUCGAACCCCGCAAUCCUGAGUCUUAUUUUAACUUGAAGAGAGACCCCUUCAAGAACAAAGUACGGCCAGAUUUCGUCAAGGACCGUAGACGAGUCAAGCGUGAGUAUGAUGAGUUUAAAGUCCGUAUAAAUGGACUUCCAGAUUCUAUUCGGCGUCGGUCAGAUGCUUAUCAUGCAAGAGAAGAGAUCAAAGCUAUGAAGCUUCAAAGACAAAACAUUGGUGCUGAUGAACCAAUAGAGAGUGUGAAGAUCCCUAAAGCAACAUGGAUGGCUGAUGGAACCCAUUGGCCAGGGACUUGGUUGCAACCAUCAUCUGAGCACUCAAAGGGUGACCAUGCUGGUAUAAUACAGGUGAUGUUGAAGCCACCUAGUGACGAACCUCUUCAUGGAACCGUUGAAGAUGAAAAACUUAUUGACCUUUCUGAGGUUGAUAUUCGUCUUCCAUUGCUUGUUUAUGUUUCUCGAGAGAAACGACCAGGCUACGAUCACAACAAGAAGGCAGGAGCAAUGAAUGCUCUUGUUCGAGCCUCAGCUAUCAUGUCUAAUGGUCCCUUCAUUCUCAACCUUGAUUGUGACCACUAUAUCUACAACUCCCAGGCAAUGAGAGAAGGAAUGUGCUUCAUGAUGGAUCGUGGAGGCGAUCGCCUUUGCUAUGUCCAGUUCCCUCAAAGAUUCGAGGGCAUUGAUCCUUCUGAUCGGUAUGCAAAUCACAAUACUGUUUUCUUUGAUGUUAACAUGCGAGCUCUUGAUGGGCUUCAAGGACCAGUGUACGUCGGAACGGGAUGUCUCUUUAGGAGGGUUUCCCUAUAUGGGUUCGAUCCACCCCGAUCGAAAGAGCAUCACCCCGGUUGUUGUAGUUGCUGCUUCGGCCAGCGCAAGAAGCACACAUCAGUUGCAAGCACCCCUGAAGAGAGCAGAGCUUUGAGAAUGGGUGAUUCUGAUGAUGAGGAAAUGAAUCUCUCUUUGUUCCCUAAAAGAUUUGGGAAUUCUACUUUUCUUAUUGACUCAAUCCCAGUUGCAGAGUAUCAAGGCCGUCCCUUGGCAGAUCACCCAGCAAUAAAACACGGACGCCCACCGGGUGCUCUCACCAUCCCUCGUGAACUUCUCGAUGCUUCAACGGUUGCAGAGGCAAUCAGUGUCAUUUCUUGUUGGUACGAAGAUAAGACCGAAUGGGGUAACCGUGUCGGGUGGAUUUAUGGAUCUGUUACCGAAGAUGUGGUCACUGGAUAUAGAAUGCAUAAUAGAGGAUGGAAAUCAGUUUAUUGUGUAACCAAACGAGACGCCUUUCGUGGGACAGCUCCGAUCAACCUUACCGAUAGGCUCCAUCAAGUCCUUCGAUGGGCUACCGGGUCAGUUGAAAUCUUCUUCUCCCGCAACAAUGCCAUCCUUGCCAGUCCAAGAAUGAAACUCUUACAAAGAAUAGCUUACUUAAACGUUGGAAUCUACCCAUUCACUUCAAUCUUCCUCAUUGUCUAUUGCUUCCUACCAGCACUUUCCCUCUUUUCAGGCCAGUUCAUCGUCCAAACACUUAACGUCACAUUUCUUACAUACCUUCUGGUGAUCACCCUCACAUUGUGCAUGCUUGCCGUGCUCGAGAUCCGAUGGUCUGGUAUCGAAUUAGAAGAGUGGUGGAGGAAUGAGCAGUUUUGGCUGAUUGGUGGCACAAGUGCUCAUCUGGCUGCUGUACUUCAGGGUCUGCUAAAAGUAAUUGCUGGGAUUGAAAUAUCCUUCACCUUGACAUCGAAAUCGGGAGGUGACGAUGUAGACGACGAGUUUGCUGAUCUCUACGUUGUGAAAUGGACAUCCUUAAUGAUACCACCAAUCACCAUCAUGAUAACCAACUUAAUCGCGAUAGCGGUCGGGUUCAGUCGAACGAUAUACAGCGUUAUACCGCAGUGGAGCCGGUUGAUCGGAGGCGUUUUCUUCAGUUUCUGGGUACUGGCUCAUCUCUACCCUUUUGCCAAAGGGCUGAUGGGGAGAAGAGGGAGGACACCUACCAUUGUUUUUGUGUGGUCAGGGCUCAUUGCAAUCACCAUUUCUCUUCUUUGGGUAGCCAUCAGUCCUCCAUCAGGAACUAAUCAAAUUGGAGGUUCAUUCACAUUCCCUUGAGAGUCCAUUGGAUUUUCUUUCUCAUUGUCACCCAAAAUUCUUUUUGUUGAAUUCUUUCUUUGUCUUCACAAAGUUUUUGAACUGAUAAACUCAGAUUAGGUACAUACUUCUCUUUUGUAAUCCUUGAAGAUUCACUAUCAAUUUUAAUACAGCCAAUCUUUUUUAA